AAUCCGGGAAAGAUUAUGUUAGUUCCUUACGAAGACAUCCGGAUGAUAAAACAUUUAAAAACUGAACGUAAAAAUUCAAAUUCAAAUGACCGCUAUUGGUUGCGGCGGCGCCACUUGUCAGCCGCGAGAAAAACAUUUCUCCAAAGAAUGCUCUUACCAUCAGUCGCUCUGGUCCUCAUCAGCUGUACACAGCGGCGCCCAAAAAAAUCAUCAAGGAUGUCAGUGCAUGAAAAACUAAUUGCAGCGACAAUUAUCGCGAUUAUCGCUAUCAAUAAUGUGAAAUCGGAGUGUGUAGAAUCAAAGCCAUGCCUCUGUGUUCGUGCUGAUGGUAUGGGCCUGAGUCUAGCUGCCUUGGCUGCCAUCGGGCCUUUGAAAAAUGACAAUGGUAGUGUAGGCUUUCAACCAUGUAAAAAUAUGAAUUUUACGUUUCCACACUCUGUUGCUCCCCAGCCACCGGAUCCAGCAUAUGAUUGUCAUAACACUUCACUAUGCUGGCUGAAUAACGAAAACAAAUCUGUGAAUUUGGGAUCUUUGGAAGAAACCCACUGGCAUUGGACGGAGAAAAAUCCUGAACUGGUCAUCUCACAUGGGUCUUAUGAAUCUCAUAUCGAACUGAUCUGUGCCAAUCGGGGAAACAGCCCAAUUCUCACUGGGCCCAGUGCAACGAAGACUUUAUUAAAAUUUCAAUUGUCCUCUGAUAAACUCUGCAUCACCGACAUGCGACCCAAGAGCCUCUCCACAGGCUCAGUCCUCGUGAUUUUGUUCUUUGUCUUCGCCGGGGUGUAUUUUAUCGGUGGAGCACUUAUUCUGAUUUAUUGUCGAGGGGCGGUAGGAAGAGAAAUAAUUCCUAAUUAUGAUUUUUGGGCGGAUCUCCCCGCACUCGUUAGGGAUGGAGUGACGUUUACCCUCAGUGGAUGUUCAGCCGUGAGUUACGAGAGGAUAUGAAAAAUCUAGCCCUAACUAUUAUUCAUUGUUAUAACAAACUUCGGUGAGUACUAUCGAACAAGCCUAGUCGAAGCCUGAACUCGAAUAUGUCGAGUAUUUCGUGCUUAAAGCGUAAAUACACAAAGCCUUCCAAGUAUUGAUAUAUUUUUUCACAUUCGUAAGUAAGGCUCUCUAGAUUUUUAUAAACUGAACACAGUUGUUAAUUACAAAAAGUCAAUGUUUAGUUCAUACGCGUCAUUUCUAAGAUUUCUAUUAACAUAAGGGAGUUUGUAGAACUGCGAUAAAAUUGCAAUAAAUUCAAUUUCCAAAUUUA